CAUCCAGACUUACACCCCACACCCUUCAAGAGUGAGAUUGUCAUACGAGAAAUAUGAUCGAUAUACAAGAGCACAAUAAUCAGAAUACUCGAGGAAGAAUACUAUAGCGAUAAACUUUGAAGAGAUCACACAAAGUGAUGUCUGUUUCGCAAAGCGUGGGUUCCACUUGAAGUUCGACAUCAAGCUCACACACUCGCCAAAGGCGAUACCGAGAAUGUGACGCGGGAGAUCCAUGAAACACAGAAACGGCAACAAGGGAAAUUAGAAACUGCUUAAAUACCAGAAUGAGUUCACGAAGACAAUCAGGACGGAAACGCCAAAGAACAUCAUACAACCUUGAUCCCCUGGCAGGGCUAGAUAUUUUGAGUGAAGACUCUCAGCUAGAAGACACAGAAGAUCGUUAUGACGAUUCCGGCGAAGAUGACGAGUUUCAUGUCCGAACGAAAGGCCAGGGAAACGAAGUUCAGGAUGAUGAAGAUGAAGUAGAAGAAGAAGAAAGUGAGGAUGAAGAAGAAGAAGAUGCCACUAGCAUGAUCAUCUCUGAUGAAGAAGCAAAUGAAAAUGAAUCGAGGACCCCACGCAAGAAAAGGAAAUCAUCUGAAUUUGCAAUUGUCCGCAGAGACAAAAUAAAAAGACGCGAUGCAGAUUCUAAGAAUGAAUCAAAGACUCACCGACCAAGAGAUGUUCAAUCAUCUGCUCAGCCGUCAAAAGGCAUCAUCCGGGGCGUCCCUGAGAUGCACAAAUCUGGCACCAAAAGAGAAAUGCUCACCAACCUGGCUGGGGAUGAGGACGCGGGAAUCAUCGCACUUCUUCGUUCUCGCAGUAAAUGGUGCAAUGACCCAACUCUGCCCCGGCGCCAUGCGAAGGACAAUGGCACCGGCGGAUUAGACUACAGCUUCUUCCUCCCCGAGGAAGUCAGAGAAAAAGAGGCGACUCUCAGUUGGCGUUGGUAUGAUAAUGGGGGCGGGAAAAAAUCAUUUCGAAUGACACAGCAGACGCAAGCUCUUUCUCCAGACUCUGCAAUCGAGUUUCUUCCUCGCACUGGAGAGGGCGAUUGUAAGGUGUUCAUGGGGCUAUGGAAGGACCAAAAACUAGUCACUAUACCCAAUGGCGAAAGCAUUAGCAUCGAAGAAUGCUGGAAGCCUGAUGAUCCCAUCGAUGGACAAUCGCAACAGUCUUCAAAAAAGAAUCCCCGACUUGGUUGGAUGCUCAAUGCUGGCGAUAAGGUGCAGUGCAUCGACUGGGCACCAAACAACAAAAGCGGCGUUCAAUACUUGGCGCUUUGCACAAACUCACUCGACAACAAGACAGACAGACUAAAUCCUCCGGCUGGACAUCCUUCGCGCAAUGUCGCACCUGCCUACUCCCCUUCUCCAGCGACGCCAUCUUGUAUUCAAAUAUGGGGUUUUCCUGCGGCGGCAGCAGACCAACAUGGCCAAUGCCAGCCGGACUUGACGAAGUCGCCAAGCUUGAGACUUGUGAUAUGCACAGAAUGGGGACCCGUCAAACAGCUCAAAUGGUGCCGUGCCCUGCGAAAUCAGGAUGAGACAGAUAGUAUUGGGCUUUUGGGUGCAGUAUUUGGAGAUGGCAAGUUAAGAGUCUUUGAUGUGUUCCGUCCGGGAGUCUCUAAUCAGGAAACCCCUACACAGUAUUUACAUAUCACAAAGCCCGCUUUUGAGUCUGGCCCGCCAGAAAGCAUAUGCACGAGCCUGGACUGGCUCUCCAGCCAUGAUAUUGUAGUAGGUUGUGCCAAUGGGUUUGUGGCAGUUUUUGAUAUUCGACCACGUCCAUCAGAUGAGCUACCAAGACCAUGGUCUCCGACGCCAUGGUUUUAUCAACAUAUUCAUGGCACAUACGUUCUCUCAGUUACUAGUGGAUAUCCUUCAAGACCGCAUAUACUCUUGACAGCGUCAAUGGAUGGAUACCUUCGGGCAACUGACCUAAGGUCGCCAAAGGCGGACUCAGUCCUCUCACAGCGGUCUCGCAUUGGCAAUAGCGUGCUAGCAUGGAGCGACCAUAUGCAGGCUGCCAUGUCGGCCGAUGAACAGGGACACGUUCGGCUCUCACCCCUGCGGCGAUUCUACUCAACUAUAGCAGUUGCACGACCCCAGAACCAUGGAAAGGCACUCUUAAUGAGUCUCGCUGCCGGAGUGGUACAUCCAAUGAUAUUAGCGGGGACAAUAGACGGAGCAGCUGUAGCAACAAAUCCUUUGCGCAGAUUACUCAACUCCAAAUCCGUUCCUCAACAACAGACAUGGUUUUUCCACGAGUGGAGCCGGCAGGACGGAGGAAUAAGUCGGAUUGUGGAAGGUUUCAAAGUUGAAUCUGUGGUGCUCCAACCGAGCAAAGACGAACAUGGCUCGAGCAACCGAAUCUCUAAUGCAAUUUUCGAGGAACGAUCAAGCAUAACCGACGUAUCAUGGAACCCAAAUCUUAGCUGCGGCGGGUGGGCAGCAGCAGGAAUGGGCAGCGGACUUGUUCGUGUGGAGGACCUCGCAUUGUAA